AUGAAUGUCCCGGGUUCCGUUUUGGUAGCUACUAUAAUUUGUUUAAUUACGAUUACUAAUGGUUUAGAUUUAGAUUUCUAUCCGACCGGAGACGGUACAGCUUUUUUCUACAGUUCUCAAUUUAGUUGCCCCGGCGAAGGAUUCUAUCCGGACUCCGACAAUUGCACGAUAUUCUACAGGUGUAUUCGAAACGGUCAAAAUAAUUUUAGUCCGAUAAGAUUCGAAUGUGCCAACGGAACAGUUUUCGAUCCGGCAACGACAACUUGCAACUACCCGUACGCCAGUAGUAGAGAAGAAUGCGGUGGAAAUGCUAUAGAAGAAACAUUCAAACCUGUCACUGGUCCAAUAACAGCAGAAAGUACGCAGUCGACUCCUAAUUUGGGCAACAGUUGCAGCCGAGAAGGUUUCGUGGGAGAUCCAGUCGAUUGUAAAAAGUUCUAUCGAUGCGUAUCAGACGGUCGAGGGGGAUUUAUUAAAUACGAAUUCAGUUGUGGAACCGGCACCGUUUGGGAUCCUAAUAUCCAAUCGUGCAACUUCGUUUGGGCUGCGAAUAGAGCCGAAUGCCUUGGAGAAGGAGGUACACAGUUACCCAAAGUUAGAUACGCUAGCGAUAAUUUGAGCUUUAAUCAAACCACCUCCAAUCAAAAUUCAUCCCAAGUCAAUUCCCAAAGCAGCAAUUCUUUUAGCAAUAGUUCCAGUUUCUCCUCUAGCAGCAGUAGUAGUAGUAGUAGCAGUAGCAAUAGUUCUAGCUCUAGUUGGAGUAGCAGUAAUAAUUCGUUACAAAACGGUAGCAGUAGCGAUUCGCAACAGAAUAAUAAUAGCGGAAACUGGCAACAAAACGGAAACAGUGGCAGUGGCAAUUCACAACAAAGUGGUACCAGUAGCAACAACAAUUCCCAACAGUUUGGAAGCAAUAAUUCACAACAAAGUGGUACCAGUAGCAAUAACAAUUCCCAACAGUUUGGAAGCAAUAAUUCACAACAAAGUGGUACCACUAGCAAUAACAAUUCACAACAGUCUAAUAGCAAUAAUAAUUCACAACAAAGUAGUACCAGUAGCAACAACAAUUCCCAACAGUUUGGUAGCAAUAAUAAUUCACAACAAAGUGGUACCAGUAGCAAUAACAAUUCCCAACAGUUUGGAAGCAAUAAUUCACAACAAAGUGGUACCAGUAGCAACAACAAUUCCCAACAGUUUGGAAACAAUAAUUCACAACAAAGUGGUACCAGUAGCAAUAACAAUUCACAACAGUCUAAUAGCAAUAAUAAUUCACAACAAAGUAGUACCAGUAGCAACAACAAUUCCCAACAGUUUGGAAGCAAUAAUUCACAACAAAGUGGUACCACUAGCAAUAACAAUUCACAACAGUCUAAUAGCAAUAAUAAUUCACAACAAAGUAGUACCAGUAGCAACAACAAUUCCCAACAGUUUGGUAGCAAUAAUAAUUCACAACAAAGUGGUACCAGUAGCAAUAACAAUUCCCAACAGUUUGGUAGCAAUAAUUCACAACAAAGUGGUACCAGUAGCAAUAACAAUUCACAACAGUCUAAUAGCAAUAAUAAUUCACAACAAAGUAGUAGCAGUAGCAACAACAAUUCCCAACAGUUUGGUAGCAAUAAUAAUUCACAACAAAGUGGUACCAGUAGCAAUAACAAUUCACAACAGUUUGGUAGCAAUAAUAAUUCACAACAAAGUAGUACUAGUAGCAAUAGCAAUUCACAACAAAGUAGUAGCAGUAGCAACAACAAUUCCCAACAGUCUGGUAGCAAUAAUAAUUCACAACAAACUGGUACCAGUAGCAAUAACAAUUCACAACAGAGUAAUAGUGAAAAUACUUCAAAUUCAACAGGUGACCAAAGUUCUUCUGGUUCGUCUUCAGGCCAAAACCAACAGAAUCAACAAGGUUCUUCUUCUAGCUCCAAUCAAAAUCAACAAGGUUCUUCUAGUUCUAGCCAAAAUCAACAAAACCAACAGGGUUCUAUGAGUUCCGGCCAGAACCAACAAGGUUCUUCUUCUAGCUCGAACCAAAAUCAACAAGGUUCUUCUAGUUCGAACCAAAAUCAACAAGGUUCUUCUAGUUCGAACCAAAAUCAACAAGGUUCUUCUAGUUCGAACCAAAAUCAACAAGGUUCUUCUAGUUCGAACCAAAAUCAACAAGGUUCUUCUAGUUCUAGCCAAAAUCAACAAAACCAACAGGGUUCUACGAGUUCCGGUCAGAACCAACAAGGUUCUUCUUCUAGUUCGAACCAAAAUCAACAAGGUUCUUCUAGUUCGAACCAAAAUCAACAAGGUUCUUCUUCUAGUUCGAACCAAAAUCAACAAGGUUCCUCUAGUUCGAACCAAAAUCAACAAGGUUCCUCUAGUUCGAACCAAAAUCAACAAGGUUCUUCUAGUUCUAGCCAAAAUCAACAAAACCAACAGGGUUCUAUGAGUUCCGGCCAGAAUCAACAAGGUUCUUCUUCUAGUUCGAACCAAAAUCAACAAGGUUCUUCUAGUUCUAGCCAAAAUCAACAAAACCAACAGGGUUCUAUGAGUUCCGGCCAGAAUCAACAAGGUUCUUCUUCUAGCUCGAACCAAAAUCAACAAGGUUCUUCUAGUUCUAGCCAAAAUCAACAAAACCAACAGGGUUCUAUGAGUUCCGGCCAGAACCAACAAGGUUCUUCUUCUAGCUCGAACCAAAAUCAACAAGGUUCUUCUAGUUCGAACCAAGAUCAACAAGGUUCUUCUAGUUCGAACCAAAAUCAACAAGGUUCUUCUAGUUCUAGCCAAAAUCAACAAAACCAACAGGGUUCUACGAGUUCCGGCCAGAAUCAACAAGGUUCUUCUUCUAGUUCGAACCAAAAUCAACAAGGUUCUUCUAGUUCGAACCAAAAUCAACAAAACCAACAGGGUUCUAGUUUCAUUGGAGAUGACAGAAAUUGUACCAAAUUUUAUAGAUGUGUUAGUAAUAAUCGAGGAGGUUAUACUCAGUAUGAGUUUAAUUGUGGAGAUGGUACGGUUUGGGAUCAAGAGAAAAUCACUUGUAACUAUCCCAGCGCUGUAGGCGGCAGAUGUGGUACUACCGAUAACCAAAACCAACAAAACACUGAAAAUCAAAAUGCUAACCAGCAAGGAUCCAACAAUCAAAACCAACAAGGAUCAGGAAACCAAGGAUCCAACAAUCAAAACCAACAAGGAUCAGGAAACCAAGGAUCCAACAAUCAAAACCAACAAGGAUCAGGUAACCAAGGUUCCAACAAUCAAAACCAACAAGGAUCAGGAAACCAAGGAUCCAACAAUCAAAACCAACAAGGAUCAGGAAACCAAGGAUCCAACAAUCAAAACCAACAAGGAUCAGGAAACCAAGGAUCCAACAAUCAAAACCAACAAGGAUCAGGAAACCAAGAAUCCAACAAUCAAAACCAAGGUUCCAACAAUCAAAGCCAACAAGGAUCAGGGAACCAGGGAUCCAGCAAUCAAAACCAAGGUUCCAACAAUCAAAGCCAACAAGGAUCAGGGAACCAGGGAUCCAGCAAUCAAAACCAACAAGGAUCAGGAAACCAGGGAUCCAGCAAUCAAAACCAAGGUUCCAACAAUCAAAGCCAACAAGGAUCAGGAAACCAAGAAUCCAACAAUCAAAACCAAGGUUCCAACAAUCAAAGCCAACAAGGAUCAGGAAACCAGGGAUCCAGCAAUCAAAACCAAGGUUCCAACAAUCAAAGCCAACAAGGAUCAGGAAACCAAGAAUCCAACAAUCAAAACCAAGGUUCGAACAAUCAAAGCCAACAAGGAUCAGGAAACCAGGGAUCCAGCAAUCAAAACCAACAAGGAUCAGGAAACCAAGGAUCUACUAAUCAAAAUAACGCAGGACAAAUAACAAAUGAACAAUGUGUUAAAGAUGGUUUUGCAGAAAAUGACAAGGACUGUAGUAAAUUUUACCGAUGUGUGGGAGAUGGAAAAGGAGGUUUUAUUAAAUAUGAAUUUUCGUGCGGCAAAGGAACAGUCUGGGAUCAAGCAUCAUUUUCUUGUAAUUACCCCUCAGCAGUAACUGGAAAAUGUAAUCAAGAUCAACAGAACCAAGAAAAUGGUCAACAAAAUGGAGGAAAUGGAUCAAAUCAAAAUGGCAACCAAAACGGAGGAAGUGGGUCAAAUCAAAAUGGCCAACAAAAUGGAUCAAAUCAAAAUGGAAACCAAAACGGAGGAAGUGGAUCAAAUCAAAAUGGACAACAAAGUGGAUCAAAUCAAAAUGGCAACCAAAACGGAGGAAGUGGGUCAAAUCAAAAUGGAUCAAAUCAAAAUGGACAACAAAAUGGAUCCAAUCAAAAUAGCAACCAAAACGGAGGAAGUGGGUCAAAUCAAAAUGGACAACAAAAUGGAUCCAAUCAAAAUGGUAACCAAAACGGGGGAAGUGGGUCAAAUCAAAAUGGAUCAAAUCAAAAUGGACAACAAAAUGGAUCAAAUCAAAAUGGCCAACAAAAUGGAUCAAAUCAAAAUGGACAACAAAAUGGAUCAAAUCAAAAUGGCAACCAGAACGGAGGAAGUGGGUCAAAUCAAAAUGGCCAACAAAAUGGAUCAAAUCAAAAUGGUCAACAAAAUGGAGGAAAUGGUGGAUCUAAUUCAGAGAAUAACCAGGGAUCCUGGAACCAGACAAAUAUUUCCAGCGGAGUUGGAUCUACUUGUUCAGAAGAAGGAUUUUUAGGUGAUCCGAAUGACUGUGGAAAGUUUUAUAGAUGCGUAUCCAACGGACAAAAUGGCUACACCAGGUAUGAAUUUUCUUGUCAAAAGGGCACCGUAUGGGAUACUGUACAAAUAACUUGUAACUUCCCUUGGGCUGUAUCGGGAAAAUGUUUUUCAUCAGCUCCUGGCACUCCAUCCAAUCAAAAUGGUCAACAAAAUGGAAGCACUGGAUCAAACCAAAAUGGUCAAGAAAAUGGUGGAACUGGAUCGAAUCAAAAUGGAGGAACUGGAACUAAUCAAAAUGGUCAACAAAAUGGUGGAACUGGAUCUAAUCAAAAUGGAGGAACUGGAACUAAUCAAAAUGGCCAACAAAAUGGUGGAGCUGGAUCAAAUCAAAAUGGAGGAACUGGAUCUAAUCAAAAUGGUCAACAAAAUGGUGGAACUGGAUCUAAUCAAAAUGGUCAACAAAAUGGUGGAACUGGAUCAAAUCAAAAUGGAGCAACUGGAUCUAAUCAAAAUGGUCAACAAAACGGUGGAACUGGAUCAAAUCAAAAUGGAGGAACUGGAUCUAAUCAAAAUGGUCAACAAAACGGUGGAACUGGAUCAAAUCAAAAUGGAGGAACUGGAUCUAAUCAAAAUGGUCAACAAAAUGGUGUAACUGGAUCAAAUCAAAGUGGAGGACCUGGAUCUAAUCAAAAUGGUCAACAAAAUGGUGGAACUGGAUCAAAUCAAAAUGGUGGCACUGGAUCAAAUCAAAAUGGUCAACAAAAUGGAGGAACUGGAUCAAACCAAAAUGGUAGUGAUGGAUCGAACCAAAAUGGCCAACAAAAUGGAGGCAGUGGAUCAAAUCAGAAUGGACAACAAAAUGGAGGCAGUGGAUCAAAUCAAAAUGGACAACAGAACGGAAAUGAUGGAUCUAAUUCACAAAAUAAUCAGGGUUCCUGGAACCAGACCAAUAUUUCGAGCGAAAUUGGAUCUACUUGUUCAAAAGAAGGCUUUUUGGGUGAUCCAAAUGACUGCGAAAAAUUUUAUAGAUGCGUUUCCAAUGGACAAAACGGCUACAUCAGGUAUGAAUUUUCAUGUCAAAAAGGAACCGUAUGGGAUACUGUACAAAUAACUUGUAACUACCCAUGGGCUGUAUCCGGAAAAUGUUAUUCAUCGGCACCUGACACUCCAUCAAACCAGAACGGAAGCGAUGGAUCAAAUCAAAAUGGCGACCAAAGCGGAGGAAGCCAACAAAAUGGAGAUAAUGGCUCGGAUCUGAAUAAUCAGCAAAAUGGGUCGAAUGGUCAGCAAAACGGAGGGAGUGGAUCCAAUCAAAAUGGCCAACAAAAUGGGGGAGCUGGAUCUAAUCAAAAUGGCCAACAAAAUGGAAGUAACGCAUCGAAUGAAAAUGGCCAACAAAAUGGUGGAACUGGAUCAAAUCAAAAUGGUCAACAAACCGGAAAUAAUGGAUCAAAUCAAAAUGGCCAACAAAAUGGGGGAACUGGAUCUAAUCAAAAUGGUCAACAAACCGGAAAUAAUGGAUCAAAUCAAAAUGGCCAACAAAAUGGGGGAACUGGAUCAAAUCAAAAUGGCCAACAAACCGGAAAUAAUGAAUCAAAUCAAAAUGGCCAACAAAAUGGGGGAACUGGAUCUAAUCAAAAUGGUCAACAAACCGGAAAUAAUGGAUCAAAUCAAAAUGGCCAACAAAAUGGGGGAACUGGAUCAAAUCAAAAUGGCCAACAAACUGGAAAUAAUGAAUCAAAUCAAAAUGGCCAACAAAAUGGGGGAACUGGAUCUAAUCAAAAUGGCCAACAAAAUGGAAGUAACGCAUCGAAUGAAAAUGGCCAACAAAAUGGUGGAACUGGAUCAAAUCAAAAUGGCCAACAAAAUGGGGGAACUGGAUCAAAUCAAAAUGGUCAACAAACCGGAAAUAAUGGAUCAAAUCAAAAUGGCCAACAAAAUGGUGGAACUGGAUCAAAUCAAAAUGGUCAACAAACCGGAAAUAAUGGAUCAAAUCAAAAUGGCCAACAAAAUGGGGGAACUGGAUCAAAUCAAAAUGGCCAACAAACCGGAAAUAAUGAAUCAAAUCAAAAUGGCCAACAAAAUGGGGGAACUGGAUCUAAUCAAAAUGGCCAACAAAAUGGGGGAACUGGAUCUAAUCAAAAUGGCCAACAAAAUGGAAGUAACGCAUCGAAUGAAAAUGGCCAACAAAAUGGUGGAACUGGAUCAAAUCAAAAUGGUCAACAAACUGGAAAUAAUGGAUCAAAUCAAAAUGGCCAACAAAAUGGGGGAACUGGAUCAAAUCAAAAUGGCCAACAAACCGGAAAUAAUGAAUCAAAUCAAAAUGGCCAACAAAAUGGGGGAACUGGAUCUAAUCAAAAUGGCCAACAAAAUGGAAGUAACGCAUCGAAUGAAAAUGGCCAACAAAAUGGUGGAACUGGAUCAAAUCAAAAUGGUCAACAAACCGGAAAUAAUGGAUCAAAUCAAAAUGGCCAACAGGGAACCUGGAACCAGACCGAUAUUUCAAGUGAAGUUGGAUCUACUUGCACAAAAGAAGGCUUUUUAGGUGAUCCGAAUGAUUGCAUGAAAUUUUAUAGAUGUGUAUCUAACGGACAAAAUGGCUACAUCAGGUAUGAAUUUUCAUGUCAAAAAGGAACUGUAUGGGAUACUGUACAAAUAACUUGUAACUAUCCAUGGGCAGUGUCUGGAAAAUGUUAUUCUCCAGCACCGGGAAUAGCGUCAAACGAAAAUAACCAACAAAAUGGAGACAAUGGAUCGAAUCAAAAUGGCAGCCAAAACGGAGGCACUGGAUCCAAUCAAAAUGGUCAACAAAAUGGAAGUAAUGGAUCAAAUCAAAAUGGCCAACAAAAUGGAAAUAAUGGAUCGAAUGGAAACGGCCAACAAAAUGGAGGAAAUGGGUCGAACCAAAAUGGACAACAAACCGGAAAUAAUGGAUCAAAUCAAAAUGGCAACCAAAACGGAGGAACGGGAUCGAAUCAAAAUGGACAACAAAAUGGAGGAACUGGGUCCAAUCAAAAUGGCCAACAAACCGGAAAUAACGGAUCAAAUCAAAAUGGCCAACAUACCGGAAAUAAUGGAUCAAAUCAAAAUGGCAACCAAAACGGAGGAACGGGAUCGAAUCAAAAUGGACAACAAAAUGGAGGAACUGGGUCCAAUCAAAAUGGCCAACAAACCGGAAAUAACGGAUCAAAUCAAAAUGGCCAACAAACCGGAAAUAAUGGAUCAAAUCAAAAUGGCAACCAAAACGGAGGAACAGGAACCGUUCAAAAUGGACAACAAAAUGGAGGAACUGGGUCCAAUCAAAAUGGCCAACAAACCGGAAAUAACGGAUCAAAUCAAAAUGGCCAACAAACCGGAAAUAAUGGAUCAAAUCAAAAUGGCAACCAAAACGGAGGAACAGGAUCGAAUCAAAAUGGUCAACAAAAUGGAAGUAAUGGAUCGAACCAAAAUGGACAACAAAAUGGAGGAACUGGGUCCAAUCAAAAUGGCCAACAAAAUGGAAAUAAUGGAUCAAAUCAAAAUGGCAACCAAAACGGGGGAACAGGAUCAAAUCAAAAUGGUCAACAAAAUGGAAGUAAUGGAUCGAAUCAAAAUGGGGGAACAGGAUCAAAUCAAAAUGGUCAACAAAAUGGAAACAACGGAUCAAAUCAAAAUGGCCAACAAACCGGAAAUAAUGGAUCAAAUCAUAAUGGCAACCAAAAUGGGGGAACAGGAUCAAAUCAAAAUGGUCAACAAAAUGGAAGUAAUGGAUCGAAUCAAAAUGGAGGUACAGUUUCCAACCAAAACGGACAACAAAAUGGUGGAACUGGGUCCAAUCAAAAUGGCCAACAAAUCGGAAGUAACGGAUCGAAUCAAAAUGGCCAACAAAAUGGGGAAAUAUCGUGCCCGAUUGGUGAGUUGGACGGUAACCAAACAACUUUAAUCUGCCCUACAGGAUUCCGAAGACACCCCCGGUACUGUAACUUGUUCUACCAAUGUACUACGAGUAAAAAUGGGCACGAUUUCAAAGUACUAGUGUUAAGUUGUCCGGAUGGAUUGUUGUUCGAUGAUACGAAAAUUCAAUGUUUACCUCCAAACGAAGCUAGCACCUGCACGAGUGAAAUCGCUUCAAGUACUCUAUAUAGACGUUUAGAAGCGAAUUCAAUUCCACCAUUCCAGGUUGCGAAUACGAACCGCCUUUGUCCAACAGAAGGUACUCACAGUCUAGAAUCCACAGCUUGUAGUCCCAAUUUCGUCAAAUGUCUAAAAUCCAGUAGACGCGAUCGAUAUUUGGAAGGUUACAUGUUCAAAUGCCCCGAAGGUUUCUCCUAUUGGACUAUAAGUCGACGCUGCGAACGCAACUACAGACUCAUAGACUGCGCCACCACUCCGAGUGAUACUUUCAACCGGGAAGUACCCACGGAAUACGAUAACGUUUCUCUAAGAAGAAGAAAAAGCGCCUACAACUGGUAA